UAAAUAGACUCUCUAUAGCCCUCUCUUCAUCUUCUGUAUAUAUUAUUACAGAAUGUUCUUCAAUCCAAACGAACCCAGAGCAGUAGUUUUCUCUUGAGGUGGUGGUGUUUGUUGCCAGUCCCCAGAGAAUAUGGAGAUUGAGGUGAACGGUUCAGGGCUCGACAGGACUGAAUUGGAGAUGGGUUUUUCCAGCGGUAGCGGUGGCGGAGGCGGCGGCGGCAGUGAGGAUGAGUCGGCGGUGUACUUGGUGUGGGAAGAUCUAACGGUGAUGUUACCCAAUUUUGGAAAGGGCCCAACAAAGAGAUUGCUUCAGGGGCUUAGCGGAUUUGCUGAACCAGGCAGGAUCAUGGCCAUCAUGGGUCCGUCCGGGUCUGGCAAGUCCACCCUUCUCGACUCAUUGGCAGGAAGACUAGCAUCAAAUACCGUGAUGACUGGGAAUGUUAUCUUCAAUGGGAAAAAGAGAAGAUUAAACCGUGGUGUUGUUGCUUAUGUGACCCAAGAAGAUGUUCUGUUAGGGACACUCACAGUUAGAGAAACUAUCACUUACUCAGCUCAUUUGAGGUUCCCUUCUACCAUGAGCAAAGAAGAGAUAGAUGAAGUGGCAGAGAGCACAAUCAUGGAGAUGGGUCUUCAAGAAUGUGCAGAUAGAAUGAUAGGCAACUGGCACCUAAGGGGCAUCAGUGGUGGUGAGAAGAAGAGACUCAGCAUUGCACUCGAGAUCCUUACUCGCCCUCGUCUCUUAUUUCUUGACGAACCCACCAGCGGACUUGAUAGUGCAUCAGCUUUCUUUGUGAUUCAGAGCCUGAGAAAUGUCGCUCGUGAUGGAAGGACUGUAAUCUCCUCCAUCCACCAGCCAAGUAGCGAGGUUUUUGCACAGUUUGAUGAUCUGUUCCUCCUUUCAGGUGGUGAAACUGUUUAUUUUGGAGAAGCAAAGAUGGCUAUAGAGUUCUUUGCUGAAGCUGGCUUCCCUUGUGCCAGUAGAAGGAAUCCUUCUGAUCACUUCCUUCGUUGCAUCAAUACAGACUUUGAUGCUGUAAAUGCCACUCUGGUUGGAUCUCAAAGAAUCCGUGUAUGUGAAAUAGAGUCAACAUCAGAUCCUAUAAAUAAUAUGUCAAGUUCAAGGAUCAAAGAAAUUCUUGUCAAGAAAUACAAAUCUUCAGAGUUUGCAGAAAGAACAAGAAAACAGAUCCAAGAAAUCUCACUAAUUGAAGGACUUCUUGUGGUAUCAGACCGUGCUAGUGAAGCUAGCAGGAGGAAACAGCUAACCACACUGACGCAGAGAUCUUUCGUGAACAUGACUAGAGAUAUUGGAUAUUACUGGUUAAGGAUUGCAAUCUACAUAGUAGUAUCCAUCUGUGUUGGCUCAAUCUACUUCGACGUUGGUACUGGCUAUUCUGCAAUCUUAGCUAGAGGUGGAUGUGGUGGUUUUAUUUCAGGCUUCAUGACUUUCAUGUCUAUAGGAGGUUUCCCAUCUUUCAUUGAAGAAAUGAAGGUUUUUCAUCGCGAAAGGCUCAAUGGACAUUAUGGCAAUUCUGUGUUCAUCCUAUCAAACUUCCUCUCAUCAUUCCCUUUCUUGGUUGCAAUUAGUAUUGCUACUGGGAGUAUUACCUUUUACAUGGUGAAAUUCCGUUCUGAGUUCUCCCACUAUGUAUUUUUCUGCCUUAAUCUUCUCGGCUGCAUCUCCGUAAUAGAGAGCUUAAUGAUGGUUGUUGCUUCACUGGUUCCCAACUUCCUCAUGGGCAUCAUAACUGGAGCUGGAAUUAUGGGAAUCUUGAUGAUGACCGCCGGGUUCUUCCGUUUACUGCCUGAUCUUCCCAAGCCUUUCUGGCGCAUCCCAAUUUCAUAUCUUAGUUACGGGUCAUGGGCAAUACAGGGUGCAUACAAGAAUGAUCUGGUUGGACUCGAGUUUGAUCCCUUAUUUCCUGGUGCUCCCAAACUGAAGGGUAGUGAGAUCAUUCACACAAUGUUCGGAAUCAAGGUGGAUCACUCCAAGUGGUUGGAUCUGACUGCAAUCUUUGCCAUUCUAAUAUCAUAUAGACUACUCUUCUUAAUCAUACUCAAGUUCAGGGAGAGGGCAUUACCUGUAGUUCGCUCAUACUGCAUGAACAGAACCAUCCAACGCCUUAACAAGAGGCCUUCAAUCAAGAAGCAGCAAUCAAUCUCCAACUCCAAGCGAUUCCCAGCCUUACAUUCAUUAUCUUCUCAGGAGGGUUUAAACUCUCCAAUCCCUUAAGAGACAAAUAACCAAUCAUUUCACAACUUACAAACUACAAUAUUGUUUGUGCUUUUCUUUUGUUUUAGAUUCUUAAAUGUAUUCAAUUUCUACUAUUACAUUACAU